CAAUAAAAUUUUCAGUCAGCUUUGAGACGCAGCAGCCACAGCAGCAGCAGCAGCAGCCGCUGCAGGAUUUAGCGGUCGGUUCAACCAGGAACAGCAGGAGUAGAGAAUUUUCGCGUCAGGAUGCGAAGUCGCACGGAACUGGUGACCACCACUUUCGAGGAGAGCGACGAGGAUGACUUCAGUCCGGACGAUUCUGACUCCGAGGAGGACUGGCGACCCACCAAGAAACGUCCGUCCAAGCCAUCUGGCUCCGAUGGCGGCAGGAAGCGGAAAUCGGCGGCAGCCACUGCCUCGAAGGCCAAGCGCCGGAUGGCCAAGGUGAGCGACGAGGAGUCCGACGAAGAGGAUGACCUAGAAACCGAUCCCAGCGACGACGACUUUGACUUCCCGUCGGCCAGCACUUCGAAGCGACCACAGAGUCUGCCGCCCAAGAAGCAAUUUGUUAAGUUAAGCCAACUGGAUUUGCUGGUAAAAAAGUCUGAUCUUAUGGAAAACGACUGGCUGAAGAACAAUCGCUUGUGUCUGUGGCGCAAGGAUGAACAGACGAAUCUGCUCCAGAAGUAUCUGCGGGUCAAGUCGGCUGCCGAGGAGGAGGAGCUGCUCUUCACCUCCAGUUCUGUAUAUUCCAGUUGGGAUGAUCAGCAGACGAGCGACUUCAUAGAGGUCAAAGUCAACUGCUUGGAUCCCAACAACAGACGCAUUAAACUGCACGAUCUGGAGGCGGUUAAGAAAAUCUCCGUGGAACUACAAUCAGAGCGAAAUAAGAAAGCGACAUCGGACAGAGAAGACACUUCGGAGGCGGAGGAGGAUAAGCCAAAUGAAGCUGAUUCUUAAAAAAACUACUAAUUAUACACGGAACUAACAUUUUCAUUAGUAUUUACAACUAGUUGGCCAAGUUAGCGUUAAACAACAAAUUUCCUUACAACAGCUAUGUGAAAACCACUUUAAAUUUAAUUUAGAAAAUUAAAGAAACUAAGAAAAAAGAAAAUCAAAAGGAAAAACAUUUGAGAAUAUCAAAUUAAAA